CCAAAAUGGCGGAUUGCCCGCCGAUGUCUGAAAUCAGGUCUGAAAUGGUUUUUGUAAAUCAACGAAGAUAAAACUGCUAAUGCUUGAAUGAGGGAUGUUCAAGAAAGCUGGGCAGCCCGAGCUGGUUCGCUCCAAUCAAAAGGAUGUAUUUUACGUGACAUAUUUAAGGGAAAUUUCGGGACAGAUUUUCAGAGACCUUGCAGGUGUGUACUCCUGGAUCAAAUGGAAAGACGAAUUAGAAUUAUUGGCUGAAAUAUGCUACUUUGGACUGACAACCAUUUCUGGUUUUCAGACUCUUGGUGAGGAAUACUGCAACAUUGUACAAGUUGACCAAACUAAACGAGCUAUACCAUCAACCCUUAGUCGAUGUACAAUGAUCUUUCUUCAAGCUGUUUUACCAUAUUUGUCAAGAAAGAUCAUCUCAAAAAUCACAAUAGCAAUACAAACCCCACAACCAUGGCCUCUAGGGUUAACUGAGGAGACUAGUCGAUGUACAAUGAUCUUUCUUCAAGCUGUUUUACCAUAUUUGUCAAGAAAGAUCAUCUCAAAAAUCACAAUAGCAAUACAAACCCCACAACCAUGGCCUCUAGGGUUAACUGAGAGAUCAAGGUCAAUACUUGUAGAAAUUUUACCAGUACUACAACAGUCAGUCAUUUUCUUUCACAGAGCUCAUUUAACAGUGUUUUAUUUAAAUGGGUUGUUUUAUCACAUCUCAAAAAGAAUGACAUCUAUCAACUAUGUUCUUGUUAGAAGUGGCCUAAAAGACAUUAGUUCUAGACCAACAUACAAGUUACUUGGUUACAUCUCAGCUUUACAGCUAAUUCUAACUCUCUUAUUCACUGCUUACAAGAAAUCGAAAUCUUCCACACUUUCUUCAAGUUUCAAUUCUUAUGCGGUUAAUAAUGAUAAAGAUGAAGAAAGUGACGUGUCUUGUGCAAGCAAGCAGAUGAAAUGUUCGCUGUGUUUAGAGCCYUUACGUCAUGCCACAGCCACGCCUUGUGGUCAUCUAUUUGAUUGGUACUGCAUUACAGAAUGGUGCAGUACAAAGCAAGAGUGUCCCUUAUGCCGUGAUCCAGUCCAACUAUCAAGACUCGUGUGCUUACAUCACUUUGAAAGUACUCGCUAGGGAAACACUAUUUGUUCAUAUUCAAGAAUAAAGGCAAAACAAAGAGAAAUCGUGCUUAAUCACUGCCGUGAUGAAAGACUUACGAAUAGGCAAUGAAUUUAUCUGACUUUGGCUCGGAUACUACUAGUAUAUACCAUUCACCUAUAUUGGUACUGCACAAUAGGCAAUGAAUUUAUCUGACUUUGGCUCGGAUACUAUAGUAGUAUAUACCAUUCACCUAUAUUGGUACUGUUAGUACAAUAGGCAAUGUUUAGCGACGCCAUUUUGUGCAGCAAAGUAUGAUGGUAGUUGUAGUCUUCGCACUUUUCAUGGCCCCUAAAAUAUCUCCUUGACAGCUGUUUUUACAUUUUCUUUUAGAAACAGCACAAAUACUUCCAUGUUCGCUUAGAAAAAGCAAAACCUGCUUAGGAAGACUUUCGACUUUUUUAGCGGACAUAAAAAUGUACGACUAGAGCUACAAUCUUCCUUUACUGCACAAAAUGGCGUCGCUAAACACUGCCUAUUCUUCGUUUUAUUAACAUAUCGAGAAAGGCACAUACGAAUUGUUGUAUUUUUACCUGCGCUCGUUCGUUGACCAUAAUUGGAUUAAUGAAUUCCAUAUUUGGAAACUGAGCCAACUCGCGCGCGUGAACCAGUGAAAACUUAGUUCAAAAGUAGUUUGGUGAAUCAACCAUGAAUAAUUUUAACAAUUUAUUCCAAGUUUUCGAUUUAAGCGGUCAUCCACAGGGAACACAAAGACGUUACAAAAACCGCAUUUAAACUGAAAUCAAACUGUUUUUGCGCGAGCAAAGAAAAARCAGUGCGUUCCCAGACCUCCAUUAUGAUCACAAAAUACAACAUCAUUCUCGGUAUGCGUUACGUCACAGCGGCCAUCUUGAAGGAUGUCAGUAUCUAUUGUUCAUUCCUCMAACAUGGCCGCAAUAUAUUUACACAAAAGAAUAGUCGAGUAGAUGGUAUCAUGCGUAAUAGUUGCCAGUGGAAACUAGAUGUUCAAUCACGCGAAAACAAACAAAUAAAUAAAUAGUCGCUCSAGAAUGCAGUCUCUCCACCAAUCAGCGGAUGAAAAUUUGUUGUUGAAUUAUAGACAUUCAGUAUAUAAACUUUGUCAUUUUGAUUGAA